AUGUUUAAUGAUAAAAAAAAUCCCUCUUGAUCGAUCCAUUUGCUGGAGUUGUGAAUCCUUUGUAUUCAUUGAUCGAUCGAUCGAUCCAGUUCCUCCUUCCGUUGUCUUCUUAUCUUUUGACAACCUGAUUUGUAAUUCUUAGACUUCCCAAAUCCAGAAACAAUGCCACCGGACGACAACCAACAACACCAUCUUUCCCGUCCUUAUUAUUAUUAUCAUGAUUUCUUCAACCCAUUCCCCCAUUUCUCCAAACCCAUCAUCCUCCCCAAUCCCCAUACCAAAACUCAUUAAUAAUAAUAAUAAUGCCUCUCAUUAUCUCCCUUUUCCUCAUCAUCCUCUUCAUCGCCGCCGUCGCUCUCUUCCAUUUCGCCAUCGUUGGCUCUGUUAGAAUGCACCGCCACCAUUUUCACCGUCGUCGCUCUUCUUCUUGUUACGACUGCUACACUAAUGGGUAUUCCGAGGAGGAGCUACGGAGAUUCCUUCCAAGGUUCUCGUACGUGGGCGGCCGCGGAGGCGGAGAUGAUAAUUGUUUGCACGAUUGCCCGAUUUGCUUGGAUUGCUUUAAUCACGGCGAUUCGGCUUGCGACCUUCCAGAUUGUGGUCAUAUGUUUCACUCGAACUGCAUCGGGAAAUGGCUGACCAACGUAGCAAGUUGUCCCCUUUGCCGGGGAAUUGUCUGCUUGCCUUCUGGUGCAGGCAACUGGCGAAUUAACGGCGAGGAACAUCCUUUUUAACAUAAGCAGUUAGUGAUGAAAACCCAUCCAAAGUUUUGUUCAGAACUUUCAAGUUCAAUUGUUUCGACAAUACCCAUAUCCAAUUUCUAUUGAGGAUUGAAAUUGAAUAUCAAGAUUGUGAAAUGCCAAUGUUCCAAGCUUGUAAGAGAUGUGUUUUGGUGAAAUAUUGCAUUUCUUUUUUAUUUCAUCAAUAAGAUUAAUG